GCGGGCAGCCAAGCAACUGCCGUUACUGACGACCCACGAGCACAGAGAGAAAGCUGAAAGAGAAGACAGAAAACUUUUUUACCUGGAAGUACAGUAUCCUCUUCAUCAUGUCUGAGCGUCGCAUUCCCUUCAGCUUCCUUCGUAGCCCUAGCUGGGACCCGUUCCAAAACUGGUACCAGGGAAACCGGCUCUUCGACCAGAACUUUGGCAUGCCUACCACCUGUGCCAUGCCUGAAGAAUGGUACCCGUGGGCAAGCACUCACUGGCCGGGAUACAUGCGCCCCCCGGUUGCGGGUCUACCGAUAGACGCAGCGGCAGCGACCCAUGCUCAAAUGACCCAAGCCCCCAUCAUGCCGCCAAGUCCUUUCCAUUACCCUCGCGUCAUGAACCGCCAGUUGAGCAGCGGGAUGUCUGAAAUCAAACAGACUGCGGACCACUGGAAGGUCAGCCUGGACGUCAGCCACUUUUCUCCAGAGGAAAUCGUGGUGAAGACCAAAGACGGCGCAGUCGAAAUUACCGGAAAACAUGAAGAGAGGAAAGAUGAACACGGAUACAUUUCAAGAUGUUUUACUAGAAAGUACACACUGCCCUCUGGAUGUGAUGGGAGCCAAGUCGCGUCAACUCUGUCUCCUGACGGAGUGCUGACAGUGGAGACUCCCCUACCCAAACCAGCCAUACAGGCUGCCGAGGUCACGAUCCCAAUCACUGCUGCGAAGAAAUGAGGAACCAGCAUCUUCCAUCUGAAUGUAAAGAGCAACUCCUGCCUUGAAUACACUCAAAGCAAAAGAAUUGAUUGUAACAACACUUUAUCUAUAUUGUGACCAUAUAGUAACAGCACAUGUUCUAAAUUGAUUUAUGCAAUGGGAAUUAGUAAAACAUUUUGUACUAUUGCAACAUGAAGUAAUCUAAUAGUAUUCAGAUUGCUUGUCUUUUUAAUUUGUAGUACACUAUCAAUCCCUGGAUUGAUGAAAUUGUAGUGAUAUGUUUUGCAAUCUAGGUGUAGUGAUAUGUUAUGUUAUGUUUUGCAAUCUAGGUGGUAGAGUAAGUUUGACUAAUAAACUUCUUUUUUUAAUUCUAAAAACA